GCGAACAGUGCAGGAUGAAGUCUUCACGUGGAGGCCUUUACCGCACGGGUCAGAAAUGCCCAAGCCGUUCAUGAGUCUCGGUUCAACAACAACAAGAGCGAGUACAACCCAACCCUGCCGCUCUCGGAAUCCUGUACACUCGCGCACGGCCCAGCAAAGGAGCGACGGCGCGACCGACCCUGGCGACCCUCCAGACCAUGGUUAACGAGCCGCUGCACCAUUUCGCCGCUCGUACCACCGCGAGGCGAGAGGCCACCUUUGAACCUCGCAACGUUCACACGUCUACUCCGCACCCUCGCGAUAGCCAGGGCAUCCGCGCCACCAUCCACUGCUUCCCUUCUCCGCCGCACAUCGGGAUCCGAAUCUAAGCGGAGCUUGCUCAACCCAAGGGGCGGGACUUUUGACGAUGCGACGAUGCGGCAGCAAGACGCUUUUGAGCUUUCACACUUCGUUGCCUGAAUUCCAUCGAUGACAACAAGUCGUGCAUCGGCUUCCUCUUGUUGGGGACAGGUGAAGCUGGCUUUGAUCGGGACGUUGAGAUUUGGACAGGGGACGUGGAGGCGAGAGUUGCGCAAAAACCAUUACCUUGUGUCAGCAUCAUUUGGCGUGGCGUACGAGUGGCUUAACGCUGUCGCCGGGCUCCUUAUUGGAAUGAAGGAAAGGAAAUUAGAGGGAGCACAACCUACCCUUGUCGACUUUAGCUGUGGUAUUGGCCGCGUACCACUUCGAGCUUUCAAUGGCGACGUGCGGAGUCCCGACUCUUCGAAUCCCCGGCGUCGGUAGAGUUAUUGGAGUGUUUCGAAGUGGAUUCCUGAGAGCGCCUCCUACAAUCUCCUACAAUCUAGACUCUCCAACGGCAUCCUGCUGGUGUGCGCGUCCCUGUCCACUCGAAGAUCGGACGUCGAUGCGCGCCACUCCGAGUACUUUUAAGGCAAGAACCUCCGGACGGGUCGGACUUGGAUCGCUGCGGCUUGACCUUGAUCGAAUGCGAGUUGACUUCAUUUGCCGCACAGGCCAAUAUCGAGCCCAGGAAAGCUUCCGUUGAGACCCAAGCUUACCGAAUGACGAAGGCUUCGUGAAGCUCGUCGCACAGAAGAGCCCCGUGGAGUCUGCUAGAUGAUUACCACAAUCCGCUUGAACGUUUGUCAGCUUGAUGCCGAUCUGGCCUUAAAGCAGGUCCGGACCAGCGAAGCGAGACUGCAGUAGCUUUCCUUACUUCCUUCACCGCAAAGGCUGUGAUCAAGAUUGCGUUGGAUUACACAGCAUUGCGAGAUACUCAAAAGCUACAAAAUCAGUAGCUCGAACGUGUGACCAUUACAACAUGCUCAACUGAGUUUGGAUUGGGUCAGAUCGCCCGAUCUCGCCUUUUCCCCCUUGCAGGCGUGCCAGGAUACAG